UCCAUUUGCGGCCACAAGAGGGAGACGUUAACAACGAAAAUGGCGGACAGUAUGGCGCUGGAAACAUGUCUAGCUUUUUUAUUAGCCGAUUGUUACGAUGACGAAGAUAUCUUCAAUGUAAACGUGCCUACCAAACGACGUAAAACCAGUGUCAAUCAAGAAAACGAACGAACUGCCACACCGCAAAGAGCCCAGGGCCCAAGAACCAGUUCCAAUACCGUUCUGGAAAUCGUGACAAUCGGCGACUUUAAAAGUCACUUCCGGCUGACACCAACUCAAACAGAGGAGUUGGUACGAGUGUUGAAACCCUGUAAAUGGACCGCAAUCAAUCAGGAGGGAUGGACAGUGUGCCAUGCAGUUCUUGCAAGUCUGUGGACUUUGUCUACCCAGGAGUCUUUUCAGGGUGUAGCAAGUCGCUUCCAUACCACCGAGACAAUUAUUUGUGAACAGCUGUAUGAAUUUUGCUCUCUGGUUACCAGCACAUUGGCAAACAAGAUCCACUGGCCCGAGGGUAAAGAAGCAGAAAUGUCUGUGAAGGGGUUCUAUUCCACUGUGGGCAUACCGGGCACCCUCUGUGUAGUAGGAACCAGUUACAUUAAUAUCGACAAACCUACUGAUGUCCCAGACCCAGAGGUAUAUAAAACAGGGCAGUCCUACUCGGUAAAACUCGUGGCUUUUUGCAACUACAGGGGUCGUUUUACCUAUGUGACUGCAGAACACCCUAGAAGCUGGCUUAACUCGAGGGCUUUGUCAGCAACAGAGGUUGGCAAGCUAAUGCAGGACGACCCAGUGGUUUUGCUGCAAGGCAAACACAUCAUAGGUGAUUGCACAUACCCGCUUUCAGAGCACCUUCUUACCCCAUUUCCUGAUUAUUCAACACUGGGACAGAAAAGGGAAUGUUACAACCGAAGAGUGCAAUCAGCACUUAAAGUGGUCCAGGACUCUAUCUAUACUUUGAAGUUUAGCUUUCAGAGGCUUAGAUAUCUGCAGAAGCAUGACAUUUACCAAACUAACAUAGCUUUGGAGGCCUGCUGUAUUCUAUAUAACAUGUUUAUUGAAACAUGUAACAUGCCAGCACACUGGGUAGAGGAAAAAACUCCACAAAAACCUUUCCAUGAACUACCCUAUGGGCAUUCUGGAAGUCUUGGUGGAAUAACUAAGAGACAGGACAUUGCAACUACACUUAGACGAAUUAAUAAAAAAAAGAAAAAUGUGUAGAAGUUGAUAUUCAUACUCGUCUUUGGUUUGACAACACACAAUGUUGUAAAAGAAAAUCAAAGUUUCAGUUUACAGUAUGUUUCAGUUUUUUUUACAGUGAUGACUAGGAUUGAGUAUACUGCAGUAAAAUGUUUUUAAUAACAAAAAAUAAAAAAGGUCUGUAUAACCUCUAUAAAUAUCCAAGAAAUUGUUAUCUGCAGAUCAUUUAGUGUUAGGGGGCUUGUAAAUGACAAAAAUGUUGUUUUUCUAUUUUGGAAACUCCUUCAUGCUGAUAUAGAAUUGUUUUUGUGUGGUUUGACUGUUUCUUAUAAAAAACAAUACAACGCAAAAA